AUGGGUGAUGCCAACCUGGCUGAGUUUGGGCCUGCUGCCCAAUACCUACGCAAGUCUGAUAAGGAGAGGCUAGAGGCACAAACCCGGCCCUUCGACAUCAGAACAGAGUGCUUUGUACCUGAUGACAAGGAGGAGUUUGUCAAGGCCAAAAUUGUGUCCCGAGAGGGGGGCAAGGUCACCGCUGAGACUGAGAAUGGCAAGACGGUGACAGUGAAAGAAGACCUGAUCAUGCAGCAGAACCCACCCAAGUUCGACAAGAUUGAGGAUAUGGCCAUGCUGACGUUCCUGCAUGAGCCCGCCGUGCUUUUCAACCUCAAGGAGCGCUAUGCAGCUUGGAUGAUCUAUACCUACUCUGGCCUCUUCUGUGUCACUGUCAACCCCUACAAGUGGCUGCCGGUGUACAAUGCAGAGGUGGUCACUGCCUACAGGGGCAAAAAGAGGAGUGAAGCUCCGCCUCACAUCUUCUCCAUUUCUGACAACGCCUAUCAGUACAUGCUGACAGACCGGGAGAACCAAUCCAUCCUUAUCACUGGAGAAUCCGGGGCAGGGAAGACCGUGAACACGAAACGUGUCAUCCAGUACUUUGCCAGCAUUGCAGCCAUAGGGGAUCGUGGCAAGAAGGAUAGUGCCAAUGCCAACAAGGGUACCCUGGAGGAUCAAAUCAUCCAGGCUAACCCCGCCCUGGAGGCCUUUGGCAACGCUAAGACUGUGAGGAACGACAACUCUUCCCGCUUUGGAAAAUUCAUCCGGAUCCACUUUGGAGCCACAGGAAAGUUGGCAUCAGCCGACAUAGAGACCUACCUCCUGGAGAAGUCCCGGGUUAUCUUUCAGCUAAAAGCAGAAAGAAACUACCAUAUCUUCUACCAGAUCCUAUCCAACAAGAAGCCAGAGCUUCUGGACAUGCUGCUGAUCACCAACAACCCCUAUGACUACGCCUUUGUGUCUCAGGGAGAGGUGUCUGUGGCUUCCAUCGAUGACUCCGAGGAGCUCUUGGCCACUGAUAAUGCCUUUGAUGUCCUGGGCUUCACAGCAGAGGAGAAAGCUGGGAUCUACAAGCUGACAGGGGCCAUCAUGCAUUAUGGGAACAUGAAGUUCAAGCAGAAGCAGAGGGAGGAGCAGGCCGAGCCAGAUGGCACAGAAGACGCUGACAAGUCAGCCUACCUCAUGGGGCUGAACUCAGCUGAUCUGCUGAAGGGACUGUGCCACCCUCGGGUGAAGGUGGGCAAUGAGUACGUCACCAAAGGCCAGAAUGUCCAGCAGGUGAACUACUCCACUGGGGCCCUGGCCAAAUCCGUCUACGAGAAGAUGUUCAGCUGGAUGGUGGCGCGCAUCAAUGCUACUCUGGAGACCAAGCAGCCACGCCAGUACUUCAUCGGUGUCCUCGACAUCGCCGGCUUUGAGAUCUUUGAUUUCAACAGCUUUGAGCAGCUCUGCAUCAACUUCACCAAUGAGAAACUGCAGCAGUUUUUCAAUCACCACAUGUUCGUGCUGGAGCAGGAGGAGUACAAGAAAGAAGGCAUUGAGUGGGAGUUCAUCGACUUUGGCAUGGACCUGCAGGCCUGCAUCGACCUCAUUGAGAAGCCCAUGGGCAUAAUGUCCAUUCUGGAGGAGGAAUGCAUGUUCCCCAAAGCCACUGACACAACCUUCAAGGCCAAACUCUACGACAACCACCUGGGCAAGUCCAACAACUUCCAGAAACCCCGAAAUGUCAAGGGGAAGCAGGAGGCCCACUUCUCUCUGAUACACUACGCAGGCAUUGUAGAUUACAAUAUCAUGGGAUGGCUGGAGAAGAACAAGGACCCACUCAAUGAGACUGUGGUGGGCCUCUAUCAAAAGUCCUCCCUCAAACUGAUGGCAACCCUCUUUGCUUCCUAUGCUUCUGCUGAUACUGCUGAUGCCAAAGGCAAAGGAGGCAAGAAAAAAGGUUCUUCCUUCCAGACAGUGUCAGCCCUCCACAGGGAGAACCUCAACAAGCUGAUGGCCAAUCUAAAGACCACCCAUCCCCACUUUGUGCGGUGCAUCAUCCCCAAUGAGAGGAAAGCUCCUGGGGUGAUGGACAAUCCCUUGGUUAUGCACCAGCUACGCUGUAAUGGGGUGCUUGAAGGGAUCCGAAUCUGCAGGAAGGGAUUCCCCAACCGCAUCCUCUAUGGGGACUUCCGACAGAGGUAUCGGAUUCUGAACCCAGCAGCCAUCCCCGAGGGCCAGUUCAUCGACAGCAGGAAGGGGGCAGAGAAGCUGCUUGGCUCCUUAGACAUUGACCACAACCAGUACAAGUUCGGCCACACCAAGGUGUUCUUCAAGGCUGGGCUGCUGGGGCUGCUGGAAGAGAUGAGAGACGAGAGAUUGUCCCGCAUCAUCACCCGGAUUCAGGCUCAGGCCCGGGGCCAGCUGAUGAGGAUUGAGUUCAAGAAAAUUGUGGAACGAAGGGAUGCCCUCCUGGUGAUCCAAUGGAACAUCCGGGCCUUCAUGGGGGUCAAGAAUUGGCCCUGGAUGAAGCUUUACUUUAAGAUUAAGCCUCUGCUGAAGAGUGCAGAGACAGAGAAGGAAAUGGCCAACAUGAAGGAAGAAUUUGGGCGCAUCAAAGAUGCCCUGGAGAAGUCAGACGCUCGACGGAAGGAACUGGAGGAAAAGAUGGUGUCCCUGCUUCAGGAGAAGAAUGAUCUGCAGCUACAAGUCCAGGCAGAACAAGACAACCUGGCAGAUGCAGAAGAGCGCUGUGAUCAGCUGAUCAAAAACAAGAUCCAGCUGGAGGCCAAGGUGAAGGAGCAGACAGAGCGCCUGGAGGAUGAGGAGGAGAUGAAUGCUGAGCUCACAGCCAAGAAGCGAAAGCUGGAGGAUGAGUGCUCAGAGCUGAAGAAGGACAUUGACGAUCUGGAGCUGACCCUGGCCAAGGUGGAGAAGGAGAAGCAUGCAACGGAAAACAAGGUGAAAAACCUGACCGAGGAGAUGGCUGGGCUGGAUGAGAUCAUUGCCAAGUUGACUAAGGAGAAGAAGGCCCUGCAAGAGGCCCACCAGCAAGCACUGGAUGACCUGCAAGCUGAGGAAGACAAGGUCAACUCACUGACCAAGUCCAAGGUUAAGCUGGAGCAGCAAGUGGAUGAUCUGGAAGGAUCCCUGGAACAGGAGAAAAAGGUUCGGAUGGACCUGGAGCGAGCAAAGAGGAAGCUGGAAGGAGACCUGAAGCUGACCCAGGAGAGCAUCAUGGACCUGGAGAAUGACAAGCAGCAGCUAGAGGAGAAACUCAAGAAGAAAGAGUUUGACAUAAAUCAGCUGAACAGCAAAAUCGAGCAUGAACAGGCAGUGGCUCUCCAGCUACAGAAGAAACUAAAGGAAAACCAGGCUCGAAUCGAGGAGCUGGAGGAGGAGCUGGAAGCAGAGAGGACAGCCCGGGCCAAGGUGGAGAAGCUGCGCUCAGACUUAUCCCGGGAGCUGGAGGAGAUCAGCGAGAGGCUGGAGGAGGCCGGAGGGGCCACCUCUGUCCAGAUCGAGAUGAACAAGAAGAGGGAGGCGGAGUUCCAGAAGAUGCGGAGGGACCUGGAAGAGGCGACGCUGCAGCACGAGGCCACGGCGGCCGCCCUGCGCAAGAAGCACGCGGACAGUGUGGCCGAGCUGGGAGAGCAGAUCGACAAUCUGCAGAGGGUGAAGCAGAAGCUGGAGAAGGAGAAGAGCGAGUUCAAGCUGGAGCUGGACGAUGUCACCUCCAACAUGGAGCAGGUCAUCAAGGCCAAGGCAAACCUGGAGAAAGUGUCCCGAACUCUGGAGGACCAGGUGAAUGAGUACCGGGUAAAACUGGAAGAGGCACAGCGUUCCCUCAAUGACUUUACCACCCAGCGAGCCAAAUUACAGACAGAGAACGGUGAACUGACUCGUCAGCUGGAGGAGAAAGAGGCACUGAUCUCCCAGCUGACCAGGGGAAAGCUCUCCUAUACCCAGCAAAUGGAGGACCUUAAGAGACAGCUGGAAGAGGAGGCCAAGGCAAAGAAUGCCCUGGCACAUGCUCUUCAAUCAGCCCGGCAUGACUGCGACCUCCUGAGGGAGCAGUAUGAGGAGGAGACUGAGGCCAAGGCUGAGCUGCAGCGUGUCCUGUCCAAGGCCAACUCAGAGGUGGCACAGUGGAGGACCAAGUACGAGACGGACGCCAUCCAGAGGACUGAGGAGCUAGAGGAGGCCAAGAAGAAGCUGGCCCAGAGGCUACAAGAUGCAGAGGAGGCCGUGGAGGCUGUGAAUGCCAAGUGCUCAUCCCUAGAGAAGACCAAGCACCGACUGCAGAAUGAAAUCGAGGACCUAAUGGUGGAUGUGGAACGGUCCAAUGCUGCCGCUGCUGCUCUGGACAAGAAACAGAGGAACUUUGACAAG